ACAGUCACUGAUGCGCAUGAGCGGAAGACACAUUAAACGUGAGGUGUGCAUGAGCUGUCACAACAAAUAAUUUCAAACUAUUAAUGGUUAAAUCAAUGAAUAGUUUUUCGUGUAUAGAUACUGUGAUAUGCAUGGAUAGAAAGUAUAUUAUGUAUAUUUUAAGCUGACUGAGGCUUGUGAAAAUCAACAGUCAAUAUUGGUUCCAUAGAAACAUGUGGAUAGGGUUAUGGAUGCAGUUAAAGAAUGCUUGAGGGAUUUUCCCAAAGAAGCUCGGGAGCUUUAUCUUAAUGAUGCAGUGCCAUACCUAGAUGGGCCCCUCUCUUCACUUCAGUUUUAUCGUGACUGGAUUGGACCCAAUAAGCCUUGCAUCAUUCGCAACGCCUUCAGUGAUUGGCCAGCUUUGUCUAAAUGGAACCCCACUUAUCUCAGAGAGAAAGUGGGCUCCAAAGUCAUCAGUGUGGCCGUCACUCCAAACGGAUACGCAGAUGCCAUAAACGGGAAUCGCUUUGUGAAGCCAGAGGAACGUCAGAUGACCUUCACCUCUCUGCUGGAUAUCGUAGAGGGGAAGGUGACGAGCAGUGGUGUGUUUUAUGUUCAGAAGCAAUGCUCAAAUCUGACUGAGGAGUUACCGGAGCUGACGGGAGAUGUAAAGACUCAUAUUCCCUGGAUGAGUGAAGCACUUGGAAAAAAGCCUGAUGCUGUAAACUUCUGGCUUGGGGAGGAAAGCGCUGUCACGUCAAUGCAUAAAGAUCAUUAUGAGAAUAUAUACUGCGUGAUCUCUGGACAGAAAGAAUUUAUUUUACUUCCUCCGACUGAUAGACCUUUCAUACCAUAUGAGCUCUACCAGUCAGCGACAUACAGACAGAAAGAAGAUGGCAUCUUUGAAAUAGUGGAUGAGGAAGAUUCAAGCAAAGUUCCCUGGAUCCCUCUAGACCCUCUCAACCCAGAUUAUGAGCGAUAUCCCUCCUACAGGCUGGCUAAACCUCUGCACUGCACUGUGAAAGCUGGAGAAAUGUUGUACCUGCCCUCCCUGUGGUUCCACCAUGUGCGACAGUCUCACGGCUGCAUAGCGGUGAAUUUCUGGUAUGACAUGGAAUUUGAUAUCAAGUACAAUUACUUCCAGCUGGUGGAGUCCCUGACAAACGCUGUGGGAUCACUAUGAGGCUGUUAUCACAUAAUAUAUCCUGUUCAAAGGUGACGAUUAUCAACAACUGGUGGCUUUAUAUGUGAAGAUUCAAAUACUUUUUUUUAGUGAUAUAGAAUAAAUAUUGCAAUAAACAAUGCAGUUUACCAUGGAAUAAAUACAGUUUUAUUUGUUUGACUGAGAAAGAGAUUUCAGAUGAUAGACUGUAUAAACACUGAGAAAAGAAACACUUCACUUCGGUUUGGAUCAAAAGGUAAGACAAAGUCACAAGUUUCCAAAAAGAAACAAGUUUCUUAGAAACUAUGGGUCCAUCUGUAAUCCUACGUUGGCUAAUAAUCCUAAUUGGCCAUACGUUACACGAAAGCAGAGCUAGUCACCACAGAGAUAGCGCUGAAAGAUGAUGUUUGCAUGAUUAUUCAUGAGGAGCAGGUCAAGCGUACAACCAUGCAUUCUAGGUCAGGGAGCAAGCCAGCCUUAAAUUCUGCCAUUCUUCAUGCAUACACUAAUGUUGUGCGUUCAUGCUGAUUCUCACAUAGUGCUUUUGUUACUGAUGCAGUCCUACUGUACUGUUUUCACUUCUGCUACAUCACUGAAGCCCUCUAGCUAGCUAAAUCAAGUCUGUAUAUCAUUUUUAUCUCAUGCAUUUUAGUCUCUUUUAAAGCCAUAGCACUUUUUAUGAGAUAGCAAAUGAGAGCAUUUGUUGGAUACCAAAUGGGUCUUAAUAAAUCUAUUUUACUAUAACACUGCCAGUGCAAUCUGCCAUUGUUUAAACCAGGUGUAUAUCUUGUUGUAAUUGCACAUUUUGCCUCUUUCAUUGUUAAUAAGUUUGUACCCACAAUCCUCAAAAUAAUCAACAAAUCAAUAAAUAGAAUUUAUGCAUCUCAGACACCAGGAAAGUUGUAGCUGUACUAAACUAGUUGCAGUGUUGUUGACUUAAGCUGGGUGUACACUGUGCAAAUUUUCUCUUUUUUAAAUUUUGUCAGACUGUAAAAGGUUUAUAAAAGGCAAUGGUGACUGUGACAUCACCUGUAUGAUAUGCGUCUUUGGUCACGACUAAUGGCAUUGGCUGGGUGCUUACAUUAUUAAUCGUGUCACAUUCUGACAUUUCAUUCACAAAGAGCAUGUCAUGCUAAUUUAUCAUACAUUCAAUUUUGCUCUUUGACAAAAAUAAUUAAGAACCCCGAAUCGUACAGUGUGCACCUAGCUUUGGUGCGAUUUGCAUCAGUAGAAAAGCUGGACACAAUAAAAUAUGUGCAGGUCCAUCUAUAAAAGUUACAGUACACUUAACAUUA